GCCAAAGUGACGUAUUGCUUGCCAAAACGUUUCUCAUGCCUUAAAUUUCUGCUAGACUGCACUGCCUGCAGCAGUUUAGCAGGGACAGCUGUAGUAGAGGAAAAGAGAGAGUUCUUUUCAUCUGCACCUGAGAUCUUCAUCAGACCCUGACCUGGAAGGAGCAGAAGAAGACGCAGGGAAGAGAAGGUGGUGUCAGACAACCAGGACACAGAGGCAGCAUGGCAUCUCUGCUGGACAACAUAGCCAAACCUUCUGCUGUAGUUUUGCAGCUAUCUUUGGUGCUUGGCUUCAUUUUUGUGCUAGUGAAGGUUUCCCAGUUCUACCAGGAGAAGAAGAAAAUCUUCAAAGCUCUGGAGGCUUUCCCUGGUCCCCCAAAGCACUGGCUAUACGGCCACAGUCAUCUGAUCGUUUUAGGUAAAGACUUACCUCUGUUUGUGUCAUGGGCGGAAGAGUAUCCCUAUGCCUUCCCCAGAUGGUUCGGACCACUUCUGCCUACUCUAGUAGUCCACCACCCUGAAUACGCCAAAAGUAUAUUUGGCCGAGGGGAUCCCAAGUCCCAAUUAACCUAUAAGUUCUUAAUUCCCUGGAUAGGAAAGGGGCUAUUGACCUUGAAUGGAGCAAAAUGGUUUCAGCAUCGGAAGCUGCUCACACCAGCAUUUCAUUACGAUGUGCUGAAACCUUACGUGGCCCUGAUGUCCGAUUCAGUCAAAGUGAUGUUGGAUAAAUGGGAGAAGAGGAACACACAGACAAAGACAGUGGAGCUCUUUCAAGACGUCAGCUUGAUGACACUAGACACCAUCAUGAAAUGUGCCUUCAGUUAUGAUACCAACUGUCAGAUUCAGAACAACUCAGACUUUUACAUCAAAGCUGUUUAUGACCUGAGCUACCUUGUGAGUCAGAGAAUCCGGAUUCUCUCUUUAAGCGAUGUCUUCUAUGGCAUGACUCUCAAAGGCCAUCAGUUUCAGGAGGCCUGCAAGCUGGCCCAUACCCACACAGAUAAAGUAAUAAAAGAAAGAAAGAUGUUGCUCUGCAAUGAGAAUGAACGUGAGAAGAUCCAGAAAAAGAGACACCUGGAUUUUCUGGACAUUCUACUUUGUGCCAAGGAUGAGAAUGGAGCUGGACUGUCUGAUGAGGACCUCCGUGCUGAGGUGGACACAUUCAUGUUUGAGGGCCACGAUACUACAGCCAGCGGGAUCUCCUGGCUCUUUUACUGUCUGUCAUUACACCCAGAGCACCAGCAACGGUGCAGGGAGGAGAUCCAGGAGAUCUUGGGAGACCGAGAUACCAUUGAGUGGGAGGACCUUGGGAAGAUGACAUACACCACAAUGUGCAUCAAAGAGAGCCUGCGCCUGUUCCCACCGGUUCCUGCUGUGUCCCGACAGCUCACCAAACCCAUCACAUUUUCUGAUGGACGCAGUUUACCAGCAGGCUGCCCAGUUGCAGUGAACAUAUUUGCUGUUCACAGGAACCGGGAUGUGUGGGAAGACCCUGAGAUGUAUGACCCAAUGAGGUUUUCUCCAGAGAACUCAGCACAGAGGCACUCGCACGCUUUCCUGCCUUUCUCUGCUGGAUCCAGGAACUGCAUUGGGCAGCAGUUUGCCAUGAACGAGAUGAAGGUGGCUCUUGCCCUGACCCUGCUUCGCUUCGAACUCUCACCUAACUCGUCCAGGCCUCCCAUACUGGUACCACAGCUCGUCCUAAAGUCUAGCAAUGGGAUUCACCUGCAUUUAAAGAAGAUUUGCUGACCUGGGGUAUCAUGGGGGCAAGUGGUUUCCCAAGGAUCAUCCUUUAUCCAGGAGUUUAAGCAUCUCCCUCUCCUGGCUGAGCCACACUGCCCUGCACUAUGAUGGUGACAACCCUGUAGCCUUCUUGAUCUCUCAGUCCGGUGAGGGGGACAUCCAACAGACCUGUCCAGGAUAUCUCAGACCUAGGUCUGGAUCCACUUUGCAUGGAGAACUUCUUCCUGAAAUCACAUCACGCGCACACAUAUCCACCAAAUUAAAUGCCACCAAAUUAAUUGGAGAAAUCUUUCCUACUAAACAAUUCUGGACUGGUUCUGUGCCUGGCAUUAUGGAAAUUAAAGCCAGUGGCUGUUUCUGACACAAUGCUGAACUUCCUUAAGUUGAGGGUGCUCAGGGAUCAGCUCAGAAGACUGUUAUUAGAAAGACUAAAGAAAGAAAACACUCACCACUCUCAACAGUAAGUGUGAUCAGCCUUAUCUUCCUCUUCUGUCUGAAAUGAGAAUAAAUUUGGUGUUCCCAGAG